AUGGCAAGAACCCGCGCAUCGAAGCCUGCAGCCGCCGACGCCGAAUCCGCGCAGGGCGGCGCCGAGGCGACGUCCAUCUACACGCUCCCUCCCCGAGUUCGAAUCCCGCCCACGCCUUCAUCCUCCCCGUGCCGCCUCCUCCGCGGCCAAGAUCUAUGUCCCGAAUCCGGCGUCUACGAAUUCACCCAAAUCUCCGCUCCCUCGGCGGCUCCGCGAAGCUGGCUCUUUGAGCAGCAGCCCACCACCACACAAGCAGACGACGCCGACGAAACGACGACGGAAACGAAGCCCAAAGACAUCAAUGGCUACAUUUCCAAAAGCGCCGACCUCUUCAUCGCCACCCCCUUUGACCCCCUUUUCCUCGUCAUUCCCGCUCUCCUCGAGACCGCGCCCAAGAGCGAUGCUAAGCGCCUGUUUUUGGCCAGCGACGACCACUUGGAGAAGCUCCCAGAGGACGACUCCCACCUCAACGAAAUUCUGAGAAAUGACGAGACGCGUGGAUUAUUCGAGUCGAGGAUGAAGGCCGUUUGCGAUACGGUCGAGGCCGGAAGCGAGGUCAUGUUCCGCAUCAACGAGGAGAAGCUAUUCCGCGUGAUAUUAGGCAAGGCGAAGAAGCUCGCCGAGUGUUCACUACCGCCCUCCAUGGAGGAAAAGUUCGUAGCCAAAGUUCUCCAGGCCCCCAUGAUCGCCAGGGUGCGCCGCGACAUCCCCACCGCGGCGUCGGGCACCUCGACCCCCUUAACGGAGUCGGCCGAGUCCCAAGCCUCCACCGCCACCGCGGAGAGCAACGGGGCCUCUGCGGCCUCGCAGGCGUCGACGGCCGCCACCUCUGUCGCGGAGGAACCCGCCGUUGCCGAAGAGGACAUCGCCACCGCCAUGCAGGCCUCGCCCGAAGUCUUGGCUCUCCAACGCCUCCGCGUCGCCUUUGACUUCAUCUGCGGUAGCUAUAUUCCUGUCCGCCUCGUCGCGCCCCUCAAGGAAAAGUUUAGCGACAAGGCCGUGUCCGGGACCGACUUCGCUCCUCUGGAUGACUACCUGACGGAGCUGGCCAAGAUUCGCGCGGAAGCCGUGGCGGUGCGAGGCGGCACCUAUGGCCGGAAGCACGGGAGAGAAGAGGACGAGGAUGUAGUGCAGCAAGAAAAGAAGCGCAAGCUAGAGGAGGAGAAGAAGAAAAAGGCCAUGGAAAGCCGAGGCGUCCGUGACCUCAAGAAAGUCGACACGACAGGGAUGAAAAAUUGA